CCUCCCGAUGUUUUUUGCAUGCAAGCCGUAACCCAAUAGUAGUGUCCCCCCAAGACCUCGCCGAUUGGAAGUUGCAAGCCAACACCCAUGCAUGCAACACCCGCCUCCACUCAACCACCUCAUUGUUUGUUUCUUGUUUCCUUGCUAAUAUCAAUAGCAGUUAGACUAGCUAGAAUCACUCUGGCAAUUAUCGAUCUCCAUAAACCAAUCCAAAAGUUUCUGGUUCUGACAAACCGAUCUACUAUUACUAGCUAGAUGAGCACUGUCAAACCAAAACAAGGACGAGAGCCUUCCUCCUUGAUCCAACUGAUCCUUCGUGCCGAUGAGGCACUGUCGACUCCCGUGUUCCAGCUUUCGCUGCCGUGGCUAUUGGAAUUUCUGUUUUCCAUUCCAGGCAAUUUGAUGGGGCCUCCGUUGGUGCAGGUCACGUUGCCCUUUUGGUUCUUCUGGCUGUCUUCCGAAGAAACUACGGAUUAUCAAGACCUCUUUCUUGCCAUCAUUUCCUUCUCCUUCCUUUUACUGUUACCUUGGAUUUUCUUUUUGAGAGGCAAUAUCUGGAUCAUCCAACACAUUAUUUACUCCAACAAAUCCUUUGCCCUCGCACCCUUUCUUGGGACAGGCGUCGCCUUCUAUUUUGGAUCCGACCGUCGUUAUUCCCAAGCAUUGGCCUAUCACUCCCUGAUACUCUACAAUCUGUCUUGCAUUGCCACCAUGUUUCUGAAGCAUGGCACGGAACGAAAACGACCGUGUGUCACCUUUGGCCACUUGAUCCCACGCAAACACUUGGCCAUUAUUCCGAAAAUAUUGGCCAAGGGAGCCGCCAACGCGUCCUUUCCGUCGGGGGAUGUCAUGGCCGCCACAGCCUGGGCCAUUCCCCUCUGGCACAUGGGGUAUCCCACGAGCUCCAUUCUCCUGGUGGUAUUGGCGGCGUGUGGACGAAUGUUCUUUUUGGCGCAUCACUUAUUGGAUACCGUAGUGGGCAUGACCGUCUGUCUACUGGUGCACGGUCUCCUACAGUGGUCUCCAGAACAUGCAGCAUUACCCACCAUGGGCACGGCGGAAUGGUAUCAUCCGAUUGGUGCUCUGAUUGCCUUGGCGGUGGCUUCCAGAUUCCGCAAGGGGGACGAAAAAUAAUAGACGGAAUGUAAAAGUACGGUAUGAGUAUCCUGCUGCACUGCAUGCCUGUCUCUAGUUUGAUGGGCUCAUUUCAACAGCAGAUACACAACCAAUACACACCUUUGCCACCGACCAUGCUUCGUGGAUUUUGCGGAAGAGUAAUUCCAAGGUCAGCUGACACUUGCCUCCUCCUCCGUGGAGGACUCUCACAAGUGGAUUGAUACUACCUUAGCUACUCGCUAGCUACGGCCCGAGUCUGUCAAUUUGCCUGGACUGAUAAUCUGGUUUUCUUACGCUUGAGUUCAAGGCAUUUUUGCAUCUACCUCAAGCUAGAUAGAUAGAUAGAUAGAUAGAUAGAUAGUAGAUGCUUUCUCAAUCAUU